AUUUUCUAUACUCUCAUUCUGGUCCCAGUCUGGAGCCUCUUGUAAAACAUCUACGAGACGGGACAAGAGGUGGAGAGGGGGGGUUGUCCCUGUAGACGCUUCCAGAAAAGAAGCAUUUAAAGAAAUACAACAGGAUUUAUGAAAAGUUAUACAUGACAAAGACUGGCAAAAGAGAACAAAUCGUGCAAGUAAUAAGCGAGUAAAUAAAUAGUCCUGAGAUCAUGAGUUGCUGAGUCACUGAAAGUUGAUGUGGGUGGAGUUAUCCACGUUGGUCAGGAGCCCAGUAGUUGAAUGAAUGCUGCGAACUAUCUACGACUGGUUCUGGUGGGACCGUCUCUGGCUCCCGUACAACCUAACAUGGGCUGACCUGGAGGACCGCGACGGGCGCGUCUACGCCAAGGCCAGCGACCUCUACGUGACCAUUCCUUGUGCCUUCGCUCUAAUGUUGAUCCGAUAUGUCUUCGAGAGAACCAUAGCCACUUACUUUGCACACUUACUGGGCAUUAAAGAGAAGGUCCGCUUAAAGGUGAAACCCAACCCUAUUUUGGAAAAAUCCUUCAGUCUCUCAUCGAAACAUCCCAAACAGAGCGAAAUUGAAAGCCUCGCCAAGAGCAGCAGCCUGACGCCUCGCCAGGUGGAGCGGUGGUUCCGGCGACGGCGAAACCAGGCCCGGCCCAGUGUACUGAAGAAGUUCCGGGAAGCUUGCUGGCGGUUCACCUUCUACCUGGUCGCCUUCGUUGCCGGCAUGGCAGUUAUAGUAGACAAACCUUGGUUCUACGACUUGCGGGAGACGUGGAAAGGGUUCCCGAUCCAGACGAUGUUACCCUCACAGUACUGGUAUUACAUGAUCGAGCUGGGAUUCUACUGGUCUUUGCUUUUCACCGUAGCCUCUGAUGUAAAGAGGAAGGACUUCAAGGAGCAGAUCAUCCACCACGUGUCCACCAUCAUCCUCAUCGGCUUCUCCUGGUGCACCAACUACAUCCGUGCUGGGACUCUGGUCAUGGCUGUGCACGAUGCCUCAGACUACUUCCUUGAGUCUGCCAAGAUGUUCAACUACGCUGGCUGGAAGACGACGUGUAACUGCCUCUUCAUCCUCUUCGCUGUGGCUUUCUUCACCACCAGGCUCAUCAUCUUCCCCUUCUGGAUCAUCCAUUGCACUGUGAUUUACCCCCUCGAGCUUUACCCUCCCUUCUUCGGGUAUUACUUCUUCAACGGAAUCCUCGUCGUUCUCCAGCUCCUGCACAUCUUCUGGGCCGCCCUCAUCCUACGGAUGGCCCUCAAGUUCAUGACUGGGAAGAUAGUGGAGGAUGAACGUAGUGACCGGGAAGAGACGGACAACUCAGAGGACGAGGAACCGGUGAAGAAUGGCCCAGUGUCCAAUGGCCACACAGCGCUCAACAGCAACCACAGCAAGACUGACUAGUGCUUGCUAUUCCUUGGGGAGGAAGUGUGGGGAAGGGAGGGGGAGAGAGAGUGGGGAAAAAACUACACUCCCCCUCCAUUUCCUUCCUCUCCCUCCUGGUAACAACUGCACGCCAGAUGGGGGAAAUAAUAUUUUUUAACGUUAAGUGGGGGGUGGGGAGGGGGAAAGAGAGAGAGAGAGAAAAAUAAUCACAGCUUUAAUAUAUUAAAAGAACUAGCUGGAGAAAUGAAUAUCUUAACUAGCCCUCCCUCCCCCCUCACCCCUCUCUGAAUUUUUGAGAAGGUGGUGGGGGGGGGGGGGUGAAUGAUGUGCGGUUAUCUAAAGGAGGGACAGAAGAGGAGAAGAUACCCCAAAGCUCUUGAAUAGUGGGUCUGUAUGCCUCCAAGCAGUAUUUUCUUUUUAGUUUGCUUAUUUACCACACUCCUUCCUUCCUGGACUCAUCUUUGGAGGGGGGUGAUAGAGGGUUGGUUACCAUGGUGGGAUCGCACCUUGUAACAUGCAAUCUUUUGUUUCUGAGGAGCAUUUCUUUAAUAAAAAGACAAUAACUCGCUUUGGAAAGCUUGAACAGCUCGGUAGGGGGAGAGCUGUGGAAGGUCUGGGUGCCUGGAGAAUUGCCAAGAGGGUGAGGGUCAGCUCACAACUCACCCACUGACCUCCUCUACAGCCCCAUCCAAGGCAUUGCUUGGCUGUGAGAGGAAGAGGGAUGUUGAGGAUGCGAGUGGGAAGGGGAGACUGUCUACUGUUCCGACUCCCCAUAUCAGGAGUGAUAAUAGGUUUUGUGAUUGGAUGGGGAGGGGUAGGGAGUCUAGUCGUGAAUUCAUUGCAUCCCUAUACAGCACUUGGAGCUCCCUGGGGAAGAGGUAGGAGAGGUAGGAAGCGCUAGGCAGGAGUGGAGAUUAUCCGAGAUGUUCAAUUAAUUUCCCCUGAUCCCACCACGGGCCACAGUGUACCAGGAUCUCAACCCCACCCCCUCCCCCAGGGUCUGUCUAGUCCAUUUACUACACUCUGUGGGAAGGGGCGGGAUGGUCUAGAUUUGAUGUUACAUUUAUGACACUGAGAUACAUAUUGUAAAUAAGAAAAGAAAAUGAGAUGUUGGGAUGCCUAAAACAGUUUGCAAUUAAUUUUUUUGAUUAAAAAUCCAUUUUAAAAGA